AUGGAAAGGCAUGCGAACAAUACGUCCGAGAAAUUACAAGCAGAAACAAUUACAGCAUCCUUCCCUAACGUCGCACCAGAAAAUUAUGACUCCGAGAAUGACCAGGCGGAAUUUUCGCCAAAUUGUGACACCCCUUGCCCCAUAACAGGCCCCACACCUUGCCCUUCUCUCUACUCCCCGUGGCAUGUGCACGAAUUAGGGCCGCUAGAUUUGUAUACGAAAAAUAUCGUUGUUUUUCAUUCCGACCCUAGUUUUCAACCUGUAUGCCAUAUUUUGUAA